CCCGGGGUCCUUCUCAGAAACACCCUUCCAAGAUGGCAGCCAACAGUAGCAGCACGGGUAGCAAAUCCAGCAACAGCGCCGGUGGCAAACAGUCCGGCCCCUCGGCCGAACAGGUGGUGGCAACAUUUCAGAGGAUGCGUCAGGAGCAGCGCUCCAUGGCGUCUAAAUCUGCAGAGUUGGAGAUGGAGAUCAACGAGCACAGCUUAGUAAUCGACACCCUAAAGGAAGUGGAUCCUUCGAGGAAAUGCUUUCGCCUAGUAGGAGGAGUUUUGGUGGAGAGGACAGUAAAAGAAGUUCUACCGGCCUUGGAAAGUAACAAAGAACAGAUCUCCAAAAUAAUCGAGUCCAUCAACACACAGAUGCAGAUGAAAGGACGGGAGCUCACAGAGUACCGGGAACGCUACAACAUCCGGUUGAUGGGCGAGGGCGAAGGAGAGGCACAAGGCCAGUCAGCGGCGUCUUCCAGGGACAGCGAAGGAGGCGGGUCUAAAAGCGGAGCUGGCGUUUUAGUGUCGUAGUUUGUGAUAGUAGAGGGCGACCGUAGGGCCUUAUGAUUUCUACAGUGCUGAAAAUAGGGUUGUAGUCACAAAAUCUAGGUUUCAACCUUCACGGGAUGAAUUUGGUUUUUGUUGAAAUGUCUGCUAAACAUGCUGCACUUGGUAUUGAAGUACUUAACAACAGACACAAACUCACUAAACGUAGUGUUCUGCUUACGUACGUGGAUGCUCGUGCGUGUCUUACAUCUGCCUUUCAGUGGCGCUGAUUUUGGUUUCUAUUUCUGAAAUAUUGUGGCAUAAAACAAUUAUAAUAUAACAAUUAUAUUCGGGGUAGCUGUUGUAGUCGUACUCUGUUUUACAUACGCGAAUAAACAUUUCACCAUCUUUAAUUACAGAUAAUAUUUCUCACCAAUUAAGGUAUAAUUGGCAAAAUAAAAAAAUAUCAAAUACCUUUAACAUACAAGUCAUUUUUCAGGAACCACUUUUGCCAUUUUGUAAACUUAAGAUUUUGGACUGACAACUUAAAAACAAGGAAAAAUGAUUUCAUAGGGCCCUGACGUACGUUGAGUUUCGCAAAAAGUCACCCUUGCCAAGGCAGUCCAGGUCCUGGAAGGCACUUUGUCAUUUUAUUUUGAGCAUGAGCAAGAGAUUAUACUGUAAACAUGUCACUGCAGAUCAAAAUGAAUCUGUCAGAUUUACUCACCCUCCCUCUGUCAAACAUUUUAACCAUGAUUCCUAAAUUUGUCUCCACAUGUCAGCCAUGCACAGAACAGCUGUUGGUUUGUUUUCAUAAUGUGAGGUCAGCUGUUGUUCAGCAGCGAUUAAAGCGCAAAGAUGUCAGUGCUACCACCUUAAUAACAGAGCCCAGUCAUCGAAAACACAAUAAAAGCCGUCAUAUUCUUUCUGAUCUGUCACACAUGCUUCGGGCUUGGUUAUAUUAAUUUGAUAACUUGGUCUUAAAUGAGGAAAUGCCACCUGGGACCUGAUGUAUGCUGUCUGCACUGUUCAUGUAGUUGUUAAGACAACAAUGUUUUUGUUAAUGGUCAUGAAUUAAAGAAUGUCAAAAUUGUG